UAAAUCAUACAUUAAUCACUCUCAUACAGACUAACUCCCCUGUUAUUGGUCGUUUUGACAUUUAAAACCACUGCUGUCUACGCCUAUUCAAUCUUAAUUUCUACUCGUUCUGUUCGUCUGCCCACACGAAUGUCUGAAAUGUAGAUAUCUUAAGUUAAUUUCAUCUUAGACUUUUUAUAUGUAUGUUGUAUUAGUGUGAUUAGUCUUCAGUGUCUAGUACCAUGUCAAGCCCAUAUGGGCUAUUCUAACUUCCAGACAGACCGGUACAAUAAUUCUUUUCAUGUCUCAUUUCGACCGUGUUAUUCAUCCGGUUGUUGAUCCUUAUUCUUCUUACUUGAACGUAUGUGUGUGCAUUACUUUGUUUUCGUUUGCACACAAAUAUCGGAUAACGAUUUAUCAAGAGGAGUUGGCACACUUGCGUCUUCCGGUCUACUUCCCUUCUUCGUCUGAUUGAUGGUUUGUUUGGAUAACAGAGCGCUUGAAAUAGAUUCAUCCAACUCAACCUGUAAUAAGCUUAUUAUUACGGCCGCCAUACAAACGCGGCUAGCCUCGUAUAUUUAUAUAUUCACUCAAAUCUGAGUCAGAAUAAGGGGCCAUAUAAAAUCGACAGAAGUUAUGCGAACCAUGUCUAGUGCAGCGAGUUAAACUGUGCGCUUCUAAUUCCGACCUCAAAACUGUCAUAAUCUGGGACGUGUGUUAUUUCUGUUUGUUGUUAAUUGCUUUCCUACAAAAAUGUAGGUGCGUCGUGUGCACUUGGUAGGUUUUCGACUCACUUUUGCUUUUUCUUCCCUCAUCCAAUUCCCUUCACUCACGCGAAUUCAUAUGUUCCCUUAGUAAACAAAGUAUAUUUUGGCUGGAUGCGAACCGCCACAUAUACAAACUUAUGACAAACAUAUUUGAUUCCACCGCCCAUUUUAACAAUAACGUUGCUUUUUCAUUUGCGUAAUGAAGACUUCGAUAAUUUGAAUCUUCCAAAUUACAAGAAGUAUAUUGUGUAUAACUAAUGUCAAAAAAUCUGAAGGAUAUUUGUCGAAAAGUAGUGGCAGUUGGACGAAACUAUGCAGACCAUGCAAAAGAAUUGGGAAAUAAAGUUGAAUCUUCGCCUGCUAUAUUUUUAAAGCCUUCUAGUUGCAUCAUUGAAGAGGGAAAAAUUAAAUUACCAAAUGGGGCCAGUGAAGUCCAUCAUGAAGUCGAACUUGGUUUGGUAAUUGGGAAAUCACUGACAAAUGUCAAAGCAGAAGAAGUUUAUUCAGCAAUAUUAGGUUAUGUGGUUGCGUUAGAUCUAACUGAUCGACCACUUCAGAAUCAACUAAAAGCAAGCGGACUACCAUGGACGUUGGCUAAAUGCUUCGACACAGCUUGCCCUGUGGGGCCAAUUCUUCCAUUGGAAUCACUACCGGGCGGUAUUUUAACUUCUCGUCAGGAAUUCCAAAAAGUAGAUAAUGAGAUUUGGUUAAAAGUAAACCAGUUGGAACGACAACGAUCGAAACUGAAUAUGAUGGUCUGGACACCAGCAGAUUUAGUAUCGAUAAUUACCAAGAGAAUCUCACUACAAUAUGGAGAUCUAAUUUUAACCGGUACACCUGCUGGUGUAGGGCCUCUGAAAUCUGGUGAUGAAAUUGAAGCUGGAUUGGAUGAUUUAUGUUCUAUAAAAUUUAGCGUAGAAUAACUAUAUCCUAACUGAAGUUGAUUGUCUUCGUAAAAUUAUUUAGUGCUUCAGUGUAUGUUUGCAAGACAUUGUUCUUAAAGCUGUUUAACGUACGUUUACAUUACGGUUGUUACUGUGUUAAGAUUAUACCUUAGUUACUGGAAAACGUCUUUUUAGCUAUGGUGUUACCAGUGUCCUGACUAAUCAUACUCGUCUAAUCACCUUCAUCUUCAGUUUUACUACAUUCUGACACACAGCCUUAUCAAAAAUAGAUAGCUGGUGAGUAAUUCUAAUUUGAGCCUUUUUAUGUUUUUGAAAGGUAUCUCUUGACUUUCUCAGCACAACAACAGCAAAUAGGUUAACUCAACAGACCUUUUCAAAGAGAAAGCUAAUUAGUAGGAUGUUUGAUUAGCUCUAAUUAGUAGUUAGUUGUGUAGAAUUAAUGUUGGGAUUAUGGUCUAAAUUUAAACACGUACAUUAUUUUCUAACCACAUGGUUACUUCGAAACUAUGAUUAAAGGCUAGAUCAAAGAACUGAUAAGUUUCUGAAUCCUCCUUAUCAGCCGACCCAAAUGAGUAGUUAACGCCCCACUAAUCUCAAGUCAUUUCUUGUUAGUAAAGAUAUUGGCGUAGGUGGGCAAUGAAGAUUUGUCAUUCCACAAAUGUGUAGAGUUUGUUAAGAACUUUCAUAUGGGUGCUGAAAGUAUUCCGGCUAUCAUAUCGUUUUCCGUAUGGCUGUGCUGAACGUGUCAGAAUCGAGUAGAUGAUUUAUACUGCUCUUAAAUGGAAAUUAAACCAUAUUUAACGGAUAGCCAGUAUGAUGUUAUCUGAGAUGGUCCCCACAAUCGAUUGGAUCUGAUUAAAUAUGACUAAGUAAACUAGCUUUACAAUUUACAGGGCUGAGGAAAAUUAUUAAGCCAGUGUGUAUAGUUAAUAUUGGAUUAUGGUUUUCUUAGAACGCAACUGAAGAUCUUAGAAGUUGUAGU